GUCAAAGUGCAGCAGUCUUGGGUGAGCAAUUGGACCAUGAACUACUCUGCGAUAAGUCACACACUAGUGGGAAUAACCUUCUGUCUGCUGUUGUUUCUUGUGGAGUUCUCCCAAGCCAGACCCUGGUGGAAUGCAGCCGACUACGAUCCCAGUCUGGAUCCUGUGGCCUGGUCGAGGUCUUUUGUCCAGGAUCAAGUUCGCAAGACACGCUACAACUACAAUGUUAUUCCGGAUGUCAUCAGGCCUAGAAGCAAGCACCGCCAUCGGCAGACUGCUUCACAGAUGUGGUACGAGAAGCCUCUGGCUCCAGCUGGCAAAUACCACAAAAGGUUCUUCAGGCGGCGACCGAAACUAGCCUCACGUGAGAAAUACUCUCGCUGGAGGCCAUAACUAUACACAUUAGGUGCUAAGCAAAUUUUAAU